AUGUCGCUGGAAACCGCAUUAGGGAAUACCACCUGCAGCAAAGGCCACGUUCAUCCUCCCUGGAAUACAACCGGUGUCCUCUCGAUCGCGAAGUGCGAGUCUAUAUGUGGCUUCUGCCAAAAGGAAACAAAGACUGCGGCGAACCUGAGGAAGCAUGUCGCGAUACAUAUUAAGAAUGAAGGGCUCAAUCUCACGAUUGCAGAGGGGUCGAGUGGGAGAGGACGGUUAGAAAUGCCCACAGCACAACUGCACUCCGAGCGCGGGAGCUCUAUCUCUUCCUCUCACAUCUCUAUGGCCGACGACGACGAAAUGGACGCCUCGGAUCCCUCAAGUUCAAUGUCAGUAUACCAACGGCCGCCAGUAGCCGCCGACUUCUCCCCCUCCCAAGUCUUAAUGUCCAUGGCGUCGCGCUCCUCUUCUUCCAGCUACCCGGCCCCAACAUCCUACUUCCCACCCUCACACUCCUCCUCCCCAAUCCCGGCAUUCUCGUCCCCUUCCUCCACAAUACAAUCACACUCGCAUCUCCCGCCCUACGGCCGGCACUCCCCUGCACUGGACCCCUUUCGUCCAUUACGAGAACACCACUUGUCUACCAAAAUAGCGUGGACGGUCAUCCCCGCCGCGGAAGGCUUCCGGAUUCUCGAUUUGUGUAAGAGACUAAGUGCGGUGUCGGCGGGUGAAGACCGAGUACCGUGCUAUAAUCGGGAGACGAUUUUCGAUGAGGAAUGGCAGGCGCAUAUGAAAGAUGUGCACGGUGUUUUCUUGCUGUGGCCUGAGACGUGGAUGAGAAGGAUUGAGGUGCUGGAUCUGGAUGCUUUUGGUGGCGAUAUCGGGGCUUGUAAUGAGGUUAUUAUGGAGGGUGUAUAA